AUGCCUAAGGAGAAGUCCACCCGCAAGGCCCCCGAGAAGCGCCAGGCUCGCCGCAAGAAGGACCCCAACGCCCCUAAGCGUGGUCUGUCCGCUUACAUGUUCUUCGCCAACGACAACCGCGACAAGGUCCGCGAGGAGAACCCCGGCAUCAGCUUCGGUCAGGUUGGCAAGCAGCUUGGUGACAAGUGGAAGGCCCUGAGCGAGGAUGACCGCAAGCCUUACGACGACAAGGCCGCCAAGGACAAGAAGCGCUACGAGGAAGAGAAGGCUGCUUAUCUCGCCAAGGGCGAUGAUGAGGAGGAGGAGGAAUCCUCUUAA